GCCAUUGUCCGCUGUGCAGCAUCACAGUCACGGUCCUUACCAGUCAUCUCUUCGAAUAAUUAUAAUACUACUCGUGUUCUGUCACCAUCUCGAACACGCCGUUAGGAGCGAACCGCUGUCGCGCUCGCUUUGACAACCCUGCCAGGCCCACGACGUUUCAAGGCUUUAUCUCGUUGCACUCUGAGGCAGUUUGGUGUACGGCUUUUCAGAAGACCUUACGAUUCUCUUUCCUGUUCUGCUGAACAAUCUGAGAGUUCGGUCGCAUUCGAUAGAUCGAGGAUUGCGGAGGAGAGUGCUCGCUCCCAGGAGUCAGCCACUACAUAUUUCAAAAGCUUCUACGAUGAAUGGCCGAAAUGGCCCCUUGUCGCCUGUUUCUGUAGGAGACAGUGAAUGGUCCGGUAUUUCCAAAUACCAGAACCGCGAUACCGACUCGCCCUUCCCCAAUUCUCGCGGACAGCUGGCGUCACCGCCAAUAUCAAGUGGAUCAAACAGCACGAUGAAUGGCGGAUUCCCUCCGAGGGGCUCGUCUGCGGGCAGUCCUGGAGGCCCUUCACCACCCAGCUCGAUCGCGCGUUCAAGUGUUGGGACCGGAUUAUAUGCGCAGAGCGAGAGUGGCAGGAGUAGGAAGGACGAACAAUUCGAGGCUACAUUAUCAGAACACUAUGUUGCGCUAAAACGAUAUCUCGCAGCCUCGUUGCGGGAUGAGAAAGGAAACCCCAGGCCGAACAGAGCGCGAGACAAGUUAUUACGGUUGUCCCCGGUACAAUUCCAGGAACUAAGUACGGAUGUCUUUGAUGAAUUACUGCGACGACAACAAAGCGGCAGAAGAACGCCAAAUGGGAGCGCCCCAGAAGGAGGACCUCCACCAUUUCUCCUUCCCAAAGAUUCUUUCCACCCAAAGCGAAAUCAAGCCAGGCAAAAGCUUUCAACCUUACCUCCACCCAGAUUCCGCGACCUUGCAACGGAUGUAUUCUACGAGUUGGAGCGGAGGUUCCCAAGAUUUGCUGCUGGUGAUAUAAGUAGGAUAGGCAGCCCGGCUUCAGUACGAGGUCCGCCCAGCAGAAAUGGCAAUGGAACUCCUGUCAAUGGUAUGCCACCGCGCAUGCGCAGACCCUCAGAUGCUAGUUCCAUAGCUGGAUACUCUAUGCGAAGCGAAUCACGAAAUGGGCCACGACCGCCAAUGAAUGGAUCAGCUCUUGGUAUACCACCUUCACCUGGAAUACCUCCUGGAGAUUUUGGAAGACCGACACCAAAGACUUUUCAGAGCAAUACCAUUGUACCCAACAAAAGUACUAUGGUUGAAGACGAUGAGACAGGAGGAGAAGAUAAUGAUGAUGACGAUGGAGAUGCUUUUGGCUUGGAAGGAGCUGCCCGGAAUCGUGAGAGUAAGAAAAGCUCUGGGGGCUCUGAGACUGACAAAAAGCUGAUCGACGACUACCAAUCCCAAGUAGCAGAACUACGAGAGAAGUUAGACGCUAUGGAGGAUAAUCUCAAGCAGAAGGACGACGAGUUAAACAAUGUUUUGGAUGGCGAGAGAAAUCGAGCCAGUGCAGCCAAUGUGGAGAAGAAAGAAUGGACCGACCUGAGAAAUCGGCUGGAAAACCAACUUGCUGAUGCACAGAAUCUCAACGAUACUCUUCAGUCAGAAAUAGAUCGUAUGCGAGCGUCUCAAGCGAAUACAGAAAGAGAGCUUCGAUCACAGAUUGAAGAGCUUCGAGAGUCAGCAGGAAAGUCAACAGGCCUUGGAGCGGAUGCCGAAUUGGAACAGGAGAACGAAGAGUUGAGGUCAGAGCUUAGAGAGCAGCAGAGGGUCACGGAUGAGGUCCGAAGAGAGGCGCAAGAGUUCCUCAGAGAAAUGCGGAUGCUGUCAGAACGGAGCAGUCAAUCUUACGAAAGGGAGGAAGAGCUCUCAAAUACUGUCAACAAAUUAGAGGAAGAAGUGAAGGACUGGAGGAACCGAUACGCCAGGACGAAGACGCAACUUCGCAGUCUAAGAGCUUCUUCGAUUGGCCUCCAGAUUCAGCAAGAUGCGUCAAAAUUCACCAAGGACAGUGGCUUCACGUCGCCAGAUGGUAGUGUGAAGGAUGUCCACGUUACCAAGUUUCAGAUCUCGAUUGACGAACUUCUGAAGAUUGCACGUACUGACGAUCCUGCAAGAGUCAUUGAGUUUAUGAAAUCUGUCGUGGUCAAUGUGCGAAGGAUUACUCAAGAUAUCGACGAUUCUCCAGCAAGCAGCGAAGAGUUAGCUCAACAACAGGCCAAGCUGAAAUCAAGAGUUUCGGCAACUGCCAACAACUUGAUUACAGCUUCAAAGAACUUUGCUUCAGCAAAUGGCUUGUCGCCAGUUUCUUUACUCGAUGCAGCAGCUUCACACUUAACAUCAGCCGUUGUCGAGCUUGUCCGAACAGUCAAGAUUCGUCCGACCCCGGCUGGUGAGCUCGAGGACGAUGACGAUGGAAAUCUGGAACCAGUCGACACAACUGGCUUCUUCCCGGUACGAAGUCCACUCCCAGUGCAAGUGCAGCAACAGGAGAGCAAUGCACCUCCAUUCCAGGGUCUCAGAAAUAUCCGUAUCAGUGCCGAUUCAUCGAUGUACAGUCCGGUCAAUUCUCCUCGGCAGUCUACCCUUCGCCCCGUAAGUUCAGGAAAAGAAUCUUGGGCAGGACGACAACGAUCCAUGUCUAGAGGAGCUCAAAACGGCAAUAGCUUUCUGAAUGGCAACAAGAAUCUUCCUCCAACGCCAAUGGGGGUAGGCUUCGGCAUCCGAACACAAGAUAGUGAUGUCGAAGAACUCAAGAUAUAUCUUGAGGAUCAAACUGCCUUGUUGGUGCAAAACAUUCAGUCUCUCGUAUCAUCGAUUCGCUCUGAAGCAGGUAUAACUGCCAUCGAAACCCAAAUCACUGCUAUUGCGGACGUCAUUGGCACAGUCGUACAAGAGACAGAAACGUCCAUGACGUCGAAUACGGCAUUGAAGAGCCAAAGCGAGCCGAUUGUGAAGAAGCUGUCGACACUCAGACAGCGCAUACUUGAAGCUGGCCAGAUGGGCAGAGCCAUCGCAAAUGAGGGCCGAGACGAUGAUGAAGGCGACCGACAAUGGAGAUCCUGGAAUCAAUCACUGCCUCCCAUUGCUUUCGAAAUCGCCAGAGAGACUAAGGAGUUGGUGUUGAGAGUGGACAUCAUGGACGGAGACCAAAAUCAGAGCCCAAGGGAUGACGAUUUCUCAUGACGAUAAUCUUUUCAACGAGAAUUCUUUUCUUUUCCACGUUCUUUUGCAUA